CAGGCCACAGUGUGUCUGGCGCGGCCGGGCCCCGCCCCCCACACCGAGGCUGUCACUAUGCUGCUCAGCUGAUUGGCAGCUCGUUCACUCGCUGAGCGGCGGCGGAGGAGACAGGGCGGCUGCUCACACUCAGCCUGGACCGGGAACCGCCGCUGCCGGGAGUCACAUAGCCGGAGCCCCGCCGUGUCACGGUGAGUGGGUUCCAGUCAGUGACAGCCAGCCAGGCAGGCAGGCAGGCAGGCAGGCAGGGGGGCCUCGGGCACGGCAGGCAGUGUGUCAGACAGCCCCGGGGGGGGCCUCGGGCACGGCAGGCAGUGUGUCAGACAGCCCCGGGGGGGGGAGGCAGGCAGGGAGGGAGGGGGGCACGGCAGGCAGUGUGUCGACAGCCUGGGGAGGCAGGCAGGUGUCAGACAGCCCCGGGGAGGCAGGCAGUGUGUCAGACAGCCCCGGGAGGCAGGCAGUGUGUCAGACAGCCCCGGGGGGGGGGAGGGCAAAGCAUCAUGGGAGUUGUAUUUCUGUAACAGCUGGAGUUCUCCCUUCCCCCUCGGUUAGAGGAUCCGGCUCUCUCUGUGUGUGGUUAGAGCAGGGGAAGGCAAUGCUCAGCACUCCGGAUGUUAUGGACUACAUCUCCCAUAAUGCUGGCACAGGAUCAUGGGAGAUGUAGUUCACAACAUCUGGAGUGCUGAGCAUUGCCUACCCUUGGGUUAAAGGAUCCGGCCCAGAGUGUGCGUAUACGGUUAGAGGAUCCGGCUCUCUCUGUGUGCGUAUACUGUUAGAGGAUCCGGCUCUCUCUGUGUGCGUAUACUGUUAGAGGAUCCGGCUCUCUCUGUGUGCGUAUACUACGGUUAGAGGAUCCGGCUCUCUCUGUGUGUGCGUAUGCGGUUAGAGGAUCCGGCUCUCUCUGUGUGUGCGUAUACGGUUAGAGGAUCCGGCUCUCUCUGUGUGUGCGUAUACGGUUAGAGGAUCCGGCUCUCUCUGUGUGUGCGUAUACGGUUAGAGGAUCCGGCUCUCUCUGUGUGUGCGUAUACGGUUAGAGGAUCCGGCUCUCUCUGUGUGUGCGUAUACGGUUAGAGGAUCCGGCUCUCUCUGUGUGUGCGUAUACGGUUAGAGGAUCCGGCUCUCUCUGUGUGUGCGUAUACGGUUAGAGGAUCCGGCUCUCGGUUAGAGGAUCCGGCUCUCUCUGUGUGUGCGUAUACGGUUAGAGGAUCCGGCUCUCUCUGUGUGUGCGUAUACGGUUAGAGGAUCCGGCUCUCUCUGUGUGUGCGUAUACGGUUAGAGGAUCCGGCUCUCUCUGUGUGUGCGUAUACGGUUAGAGGAUCCGGCUCUCUCUGUGUGUGCGUAUACGGUUAGAGGAUCCGGCUCUCUCUGUGUGUGCGUAUACGGUUAGAGGAUCCGGCUCUCUCUGUGUGUGCGUAUACGGUUAGAGGAUCCGGCUCUCUCUGUGUGUGCGUAUACGGUUAGAGGAUCCGGCUCUCUCUGUGUGUGCGUAUACGGUUAGAGGAUCCGGCUCUCUCUGUGUGUGCGUAUACGGUUAGAGGAUCCGGCUCUCUCUGUGUGUGCGUAUACGGUUAGAGGAUCCGGCUCUCUCUGUGUGUGCGUAUACCGUUAGAAGAUCCGGCUCUCUCUGUGUGUGCGUAUACCGUUAGAAGAUCCGACUCUCUGUGUGUGCGUAUACCGUUAGAAGAUCCGACUCUCUGUGUGUGCGUAUACCGUUAGAAGAUCCGACUCUCUGUGUGUGCGUAUACCGUUAGAAGAUCCGACUCUCUCUGUGUGCGUAUACCGUUAGAGGAUCCGGCUCUCUCUGUAUUCCUGUCCCUCCCCAGGAGCCUAAGCCAACCAUUACUCAUACAGCUGCCUUACUAUUGUAUUUACAGAAAUAUUCCGGAGUCUGGUUUCACCUAAUUUAAAUCCAUUUGAGACCAAAAUCCUCAUUGUUUUAUUACAUAUAAUUUUUUAUUGGAAAAAUGUAAAUUGUCAGUAGCUUACAAAGACACAGGAGAGCAUAUGAAACACAAUAAGUUCAGUUUUUCAUUUAACGACAAAAAAACCCAGCAAGGUCUUAACCAACAUCAUGUAUAACGCUGUCUGGUAAAAGUUGCUUGUGCAUUGAAGAAAGUAUGGUGGGUUUGCCCUUCCAAGGUGAAGAGGGGAUAGUGAAAGCAUAAAGAGAGAGAGAAAAGGUACUGUAGGAAUAGUCUAGUCCAGAGUAAAGGAGGUAAAUUACCGAAUUACAAAACCUCCCCAAAUUUCUAUCCAUCCAUAAACUUGAAAUCUUUAUUCCAAAAAUCACAGAUGGCGGAGCAGGACAGCAGUCUAUCAAAUUAUAUUUUUUCCAACGUUUAAGCUGGCAGCAUUUGGGUAGCCCAGUGGAACAGCACAUGGGGCGUCAUGGGAACUGCGUUGUUACAGAAUUAUCAAAACGUGUUCAUUUUGGGUUUCCUGAUUAGUUUAGUUGUUGGACAGUGUUUUGUGAGAUUUUUUUUUGUUUGUCAGAUAUUCAUGUAUCAUGGCUUGAACAGUGUUGACUGUUGUUAAAUAUUUGGUGUUCAUUCUGAUUUUAUCAAGGUACUUUGUAUAACCAGAUUAAAUUGAAUACGGCAUCCUUAUUUACAUAAAUAUCACCUGUCUUGACUAUAGGCUCCGCCCUUCGUUGCUUUAUAAUUUAGGAGGAAAGCUUGUAUAAUGUAGUAUAUUGGGCAUUUGCCUUUCAAACUAUAUAACUUUGGAGUUUGUCUGUUUGACUUCGUAUUGCUUCAUGGUGUCCCCAAUCUACAUGGCUGAGUGUCUGCUUGUAAGUAAAAUCAGCAGGUAACUUUUAUUUUGUCUGCCUGUGUAAUAAUGUACCCAAGUCCAUAUACUAUUUUCACCUCGGUUGACGGCAAGUUUAUUGUAAGUAGUGUAUUCAAGUAUUUUUAGACACGUUCCGCAAAGUUUCUUUUUGAGCCAGAAAGUGACUUGUUGAAUGUUUUUUUUGUAAUCCUUUGGAGUUGGAAAUUUACAUAAACUCUGAUUUAUCUACAAAGGGAUCCAUGAUCUAAUUAUAUGGGGAGUUUCCCAGUUGCUCUAUUUUGACUCCCCAUUGUGUUGUAAAAAACGUAACAGCAGGGAUGGGGUUACAUUGACAAAAUAUAUAAAGACAGUAGAUGUUAUAUACAUUGCUUAUUGGUAUCUGUAAGGACCCAGAAGACAUUGCUUGCAAUACAGCUUACCAGAAAUGGCAGCGGAAUGUAAAAAUAGUGUGCAUUUGCCCACAUACAGUUAAAUAAUAUAUUUCUAAAACAAAGGUAUUUAAACCUGCUAUAGCACUUUUCUUUUAUCAAUCUCUUGGCUAUUGAUGUAAUACAGUGAAAUGGUACAACCCCCCCCCCACCCCCAACUGUAGGAAUGGGGAGGUAAGUUACAUUUCUUAAAGGCAUUAUAUCCGUUCUAUCUGCAGUGUGUUAUCAUAAUUAGAGUAUACACAAGGGCAAGUGAGAUUUUAUGGACCAGAUUUCACAGUUAAAAACUAUGCUCUAUUAUGGUGGUCAUAAUCAAAAACAAAACAGUGUGAUGGAGUGCCCUGGCUCCCCCUCCUUGUAAGUUGUCAGACUGUUAAGAAAAUGGGCGCUCUCCUGGCACUAUAAACCUCAAAGUAUGUGGUAGUGGUUAUGGUGUUUGGAGAUGUCUUUUAACACUUGUUUUAACGCUUAUCAUUGUAAAUAAGGAUAAUUGUGGGGAAAGCUGCUUAUGGAAUUUUCAGAUUUAGCUGAUGUGGAAUUACGUAUCUGGUGGUGCCAUGCUUAAAAUUUGUGAGUGUGUACACGUUCAUAUAAUUUAUGUACUAAGAAAAAAUGUGUAGGUUUGUAUUUAAAAGACUUGAUUAAGUUGCAAAAGUGACCUGUUUGAUCUUAACAUAAAUAUGUGCCAUGUUUGACAAUAUCUAUCAUUACCGUGGACAAACUGAGACACCAGGUGUCUGUCCAUCUUCCCGUACUGUGCGAAUCCUUGAAUAGACCUCUAGGAAAGCCAGUUACAUAAUCUGUAAAUCAUUGUUCCCUGAACUUCACGACUUGAUGCAGAUAAAGGAUUUGAGCAGUGCAAAGGUAAUAAUAAUGUGUUUGCUCAAAGGCUUGUGCAUUUACAUUUAUCAUUAAUGGCAUUUAGUCACGGAUUACUGGCUGCUAAAACCCUCAGAAUAAAAAUAUCCAACUCAUUUACUAAACACCACAUUCAAACCUCUCAAAGUUACAAAAAUGACACCGAUGUACCCCAUUUUUGUCAGCUCCUGUUCUAACAACCUAGUUCCAGCUCUUUUGAAUUGAAUCCACUUCUUUAGGAAAUCCUUCCUCCUGGGACUCUCUGCAGUGAAAGGCUAAAUAGAUCCCUGGAAGAAGACACCUGGACAGAGAGGGGUGCAAAACCAUCAGAACAUGCAUACAAUAUAAGAGUGAUAUAUGUAUUACACGUAACGGCUAGAAAGAAAUCUGAUCCAAUAUAGAACCUCUCCAUAACAAGUCUAAUGUUCUGCCUAGGAUCAGUUUAAUGGCUUGACAAUCCUUUCAUAUAAUUGCUACAUGAAGCCUCAGACUGAAAUAAUUCUAUGUGUGUGUGUAAUCUAGGAUUUUACUGCUGAAGUAAAACGUGCCAUUUAGUGACUCAUUGCUGGGAGACAGGACAUUUGUUUGAGAUGAGCGGUGUAUCCCAGUAGCCUGAAUUGUUAGUUUCCAGCCAGUCAAAACAUGGGUGGAAUUGAAAUGCUCGUUGGUGAUCACAAACCCCAUCGACAGAUUUCAGCGGACAGUAAAACGGAGCAGUGAGCUGUAAUGGUAGCAACUGGUACCCGUGGCUAUAUCGAACUUGUCAGAGCUAAUCUGGCCGAGCAGCCGUGAUGGCAGGAAUAUAUUUAUGACACUAUAAACUAUUGAGUUGUGUAUUGCUCUGCAAUGGAUUGCAUGCGGCUGCAAGGUUUGAAUCAGUCACUAAUUGGCAUCGGUGCCCACAGGUUGGAUGCUGAGAGCAGGGAGUUGGAGAUUGACUGCAUUGCUGUAGGAGCACCCGCUCUGCUAGCAUCCUUUAGUUGUAGUCCGUUACAACUCGAGAAACAAAGGCUCUCCCUCCUGGCAAUAGAGAUAGUGUUACUCCACUACUUUAGGUCAGUUUAGGAUAUUGGUGUUACAAUGCCUUACUGCCCUCUGCCUCUCCCCCCCUUACCUGUAUUCCUUUAACUUGCCUGUAAUUCAGGUGCCAAUCUACUUCCUCUGUCUGACGUCAGUAGGGGCCUUGCUCUCUUCCAGGCUGCCAGUCACAUGUGUGGGUGUAGCUAGCCCCCGGCAAACAAGCUGAAACACUGUACAUCAUGGCUGCUACCACAAUGACCACUUCAAAUCACUGUAGUGUAUAUGGUGGUUGGAGUAACCCUUGAAUGAUGUGAAAUUGAAGAAUUAAUUCAGGAGGGCUAACAAAGCAGUGGAGGCAGGGAGCGGUGCGAAGCCGACCCUAGAUAAGAAGUCAAAUUGUUCUAAAAUGGUUUAAUUAUUUACAAUGUGACGGUGUCUGAACAAUCCUGUCACCAUAACCACUGCAGUGUGCUUGGAGUCUUCCUUUUAAGGUGUGGUAACCUGGUAUUUUCAUAAAUCAGAACACCACUCAAUAGAACAAAUUUGCAUCUGAGAUAUUUGGAUAGUCCAUAUAGCAAGACUUGAAAUUUCAAGUCCUGUGUCACUAGCCAGACUUUAAAAGUUACUUUCCACUGCUAGGCUCGAGGGUCCAUGGCUCAUACACCAUAGGGGAAUUUCUAGUCACCAGGACUACAUUUUUAAAUUGCCAAUGGCUGCAUAUAGUGUGUAAUCUUGUCUGAGCAAGGCUCACCUUCUGUUACUCUAUGUCCAGCUGGUUGUUUGUUAACCCUGUUAGUUUUAUAAACAGUGAAAUAUUUAUAUUCCUAUUAAAGGGACACUAUAGUCACCUUAACAACUUUAGCUUAAUGAAGCAGUUUUGGUGUAUAGAACAUGCCCCUGCAGCCUCACUGCUCAAUAGUCUGCCAUUUAGGAGUUAAAUCCCUUUGUUUAUGAACCCUAGUCACACCUUCCUGCAUGUGACCUGCACAGCCUUCCACAAACACUUCCUGUAAAGAGAGCCCUAUUUAAGCUUUCUUUAUUGCAAGUUCUGUAUAAUUAACCCCUUAAGGACAGAGCUUCAGUUGUCUUUCACUUAAUGACAACAGCAUUUUUUGCUGUUUACGUUCAACUGCAAUUUGCAUUUUACUGAUUUAUUGCACCGACACACAUACCGUUUUUUUAAAGGACAGAAAGAGCUUUAAUUUGAUGAGAUAUAUACUUAUUUAUUAUAGAAAAAAUACAGAAAAAUGCCAAAAAAUGUAAAAUGUUUUUUUUUUUUGUUUGUUUUUUUUUACAGUUUUUGCAAUAAUAAUGUGUGCAUGAUUAGUGCAGGUUAAGGAAAGUAAUUAAAAAUAAAUUCAUUUAGUUGUUCUGAUUUACAGAAUAUAUAAUGUGUCUGGGAUUUUAAGUUUUUUUUGGUAGUUACAUGUCACAAAGCACAAGGAGUAAAAUACAUUUUUAAUGUGGAGCGAUUUUAGAAUUUGGUAUGUUUGUCUUGUAAGCUUAAUAGUCAUAAAAGAAAUCAAAAUUGCCACACAAAAGUAUAUAUUUAUAUAAAGUAGACAUCACGGGCUAUUUACCUAAGGUUGUUUUGACACUUUCUACGUAGCCAUUUCACCGCCAACCUCUGCUAAAUAUUGGAGUAAAAUUGUGGGGGUUUUUUGUUUUUGUUUUUGGCACACAAACUUAUAACAAAGAAAUUCUCAUGUGUAUUUUGUAAAGUUGUUGUGUGCUAUUCCUGUACAAAGUUUUAUUUUGUGUUCAGUUACAUCUGCUGAGUAAAAGGACACCCCCAUUGUAUGUCUUUGGCACUAUUUCGUGAAGUUACAGUGCCAUAUAGGUUACCUGUCCUUUUCAGUAUUCACAGUAGAAUUUUGAGAGAUGGAUUUAAUGAGCCUUUGCUUCCAUUUGGGGUAUUAGUAGUUUGACUGUUCAAAAAAAACCCACAAAGGCCUACCAUUUGUAAAAGUAGACACUCCAGGGUAUCUUAUAAGGUGCAUAUUGUGCCUUAACAUGCCCCCAUUUUUUUUCACCAAUAUAUGCCAAAGUAUGUGGUAAAAAAUAAUUUUGUGCAUUUUUUACAUACGGAUUGCAUUUUUGCUGGGCAUUUUGUAUAUUUCAUGUGCCACUAAGUUCAAACACCCCAAAUUAUGCUCAGCUAAGUCUUCUGAGUAAAAAGACACCCCCAAUGAAUGUCUUUGGCUUUUGAAUUUUGACGCCGGGCCUGUGUGCAAUUUCCAAGCAUCUUUGCAGGUUUUAAAUUCAAACUACCCCACAAAGGCCUACCAUUUCUUAAAGUAGACACCCCAGGGUAUUUCAAAAGGUAUAUUUUGAACCGUAGCAUGGGAUCAUUUUUCCGCUAGCUUGUACCAAGUGUAGUGGUAAUAAGUGUUUUUUUUCUUCCUUUUUGACACACAAAGUGAGUUUGCACAGUAUAUUUUGCAAACCUUAUGUGUGCUACGACUGUAUAAUACUUCAUAUGUUGCUCAGCUAUGUGGUCUGAGCACAGCAAUACCACCGUAUGUACCUUUGCCAGGUAUAUGUGGAUGUUGAAGGGGCACAUUUGAGACGCAGCCAUUCAGUUUUUUUCUAACUUUGAAGUUUUACGCUGUGUCCAUGUUCCAAUUUGGAGUAGAUUAGAUGGUUGGUUAUUGAAACUUCCCCGCAAACACAUACUAUUUAUUAAAGAAUACACCCUGGGGUAAUUCAAAAGGCAUAUUUUGAACCUUGGCGUGGGAUCAUUAUUUCUCUAGUUUGUUCCUGGUGUAGUGGUAAUGAGCGUUUUUAAAUGUAUUAUUUUUACUUUUUGAAACGUUUUUUACUUUUACAAACUAGUUUUUAAACUUUUGUUUUGCUUAUUAUUUUUUUUUAAACUUUCCUAAACUUUCUUAACUUUUUUUUACAGAGUUAACAUAUUUCUAAGCUUUUUUUUUAUUAUUUUUUUUUUUUUUUUUCCGUUAACCCCUAACUAGCAGUAAGUAGCACUAACAGUGAAUUCCCCAUUUUCCCAUAACUCCCACCCACCCCAGCUAGCAAAAUAUAUAAUUAUAAAAUAUUUAAAUUAUUUAAUUAAAUAAAUUGAACCCCUGAGGGAUAAAAAAUAAAUAAAAGUUAAUCGUCAGGAGUUAAAAAAAAUUAGAUCACAGUAUAAUACUGUGAUCUGUAUUUUGAUCACUGUAGGCAGUGAUCGACUGGCAGGGAAGGGGUUAAUUUUUAUUUGGAGUCGCUAAAGGGGUUUUUUUUUUUAUUUUUUACUUAAACGUUAUUAAAGCUUUUUUAACUUAAUUUUGAUCUUUUUAAAGCUUAUUUUAAAACUUUUUUUCUAACGUUAACCCCUAGUUAGCCUAACACCAAAUCCCCCAAUUCCCCACUAACUUCCACCCACCCCUGCUAACUAAAUUUUUAAUUUUAAAAUACUUAAAUUAAUUAAUAAAAUAAAUUUUAACCCCUAAGGAUUAAAAAAAAAAAAUUAACCCUCGGGGAUUAAAAAAUAAAUAAAUAAUGAGAUCAUAGUAAAAUGUGAUCAGUUGGCAGGGAAGGGGUUAAGUUUUUGUUAAAAUGGGUAAAGGGGGGUGGUAUUUUAAAUAAACUUGAUUUUAUUUUAUUUUUUAACAGGGGUCAGGAUCAGCACUGUUCCGGCUCCCUGCACUUCACACAGAACCAGGAAGUGCAGGGAGGUGGAAGGUAAGCAUACUAAACACAUGUGCUCGCUCAGACAGGCAGACCUGAGCACCAUUAACCCCGCGAUCGCGGCUAUCUGGGGUUAAUUUUACCGCGUGACGACGGACAAGGUCCGUCACUCGUCGUUAAGGGUUUCCCCUGAGUGACGGACCUCGUCUCUCACUCGUCAUUAAGGGGUUAAGAUUUUCUUAUCCCCGUCUAUGUUAAUAGCUUGCUAGACCCUGCAAGAGCCUCCUGUAUGUGAUUAAAGUUCAAUUUAGAGAUCGAGAUACAAUUAUUUAAGGUAAAUUACAUCUGUUUGAAAGUGAAAGCAGUUUCUUUUUUCCAUGCAGGCUCUCAUAGCCAGAGGAGGUGUGGCUAGGGCUGCAUAAACAGAAACAAAGUGAUUUAACUCCUAAAUGACAGUGAAUUGAGCAGUGAAAUUGCAGGGGAAUGAUCUAUACACUAAAACUGCUUUAUUUAGCUAAAGUAAUUUAGGUGACUAUAGUGUUCCUUUAAUCAUGAGUGUUACAAAGAGUAGCUUUUCACUUUUCCUAUAAGAGUAGCAGCAGUGAUUCCAAUAAUAAUGGGGCUCAGUUUCUGCCUGUCCAAUCACUGUUUACAGGUUAAAAUUGGGCCCUUGUGAGUUUGUUCCUGGUCAGCCGAUUGCUGUCUGCUUUCAUCAUUGGUUUAUAGCUCCUCCCCCUCCUCAUGCUGUCGCACUCAGUGCUCUACGAAGAGUGUUCAUAUCUCUUUAGUGUUUGCUGAGGCUGCCUGUCUUCCCAGCACACCCGGGGUUAAUCAGCAAAUAUCCCCCAACCUAAAUGGACUCUCCAUAAACAUACAUUUCAAAGACUGCAAAGGAAACAUCCAGCUGUGUCUGCUCGACUGAGAGGUUUAUGUGAGGGAGAUCAGACUGUCAGUAAGUUAUCUAAUCCCCCCACCCUCUCUCCUGUAUGUAGAUGUGUCAAUACUUGUGAAGUUCGGGGACCAGUAAAAUAAAUGACUCCCUUUAAAUGUGCUCUAAAACGUCUUCACCCCUCGUCUCUUCACUGUAUUCUCAUGCAAUAAGGGCAUUUAGAAAUGAAAGCACUGUUUCUCAGCAAUGACGUUCACUUUUCGUUUAUCAUCCUAUUAGCCCUCUGUCCUCCUUGGCUUUUUACUUAAAGCUUCACUUGUAGGCUUUCAGUGGCAAUGCUAGCUGUGAUACUGGGGAUCAGAGGGCUCAUAGUGACUUUAGCUGGGAGUGGGAAUUAGUGUGCUGGCAAUAAGGUGACAGUGGGCGGGAUAAAUGAAAACAAAUAAACACGGCACUUUAUUCACAAGCCGUGGGUUCAAUAAAGACAGACUAACUGACAGCAGGAGCGUUGUACUUCAUAUAGAAAUGGAAUAAAAAAAAAAAAAACCCUGCUAUACAUUUUGCAUAUGUGGUGAGCGGUAUUUUAGGGCUGACUAGUAUGUUAUCAUUUAUAGAGUGUCAGUAUAUUCCUUGAUGUUUUAGUGUUUGCUAAUAUAAACAAAUAUUUGACACACGAAAUGACGUGACUAUAUGCUCUCUAUACGCGGCUGUUUUAUACGUUCUAUGUUAUGAAAACUUUGUGUUCGGGUUCCGUUUGCAUAAGUAAAUGUUCCCAUUGAUGAGUUCUAUUAAAAUAGUGUUUAAAAAUAGUUUUGGCUUGCACUCUUCAUCCAAAAGGAAAGGGGUAGUGAAAAUCUCAUUUUCCUACGAUGAUCUCACUUACAGCAUGAUUUCAAUCUUACCCGAACUCUAAUUCACCUCUAAGUUGUUUAAAUCAAUAUAGCGUCUGCUUCUAUCAGGGCUGUAUCCUCCGCGUUGUCUGACGUAUAUUGAACUCUACAAAUAAAUAAAAUAUUCAGUAGACUAAUCUGCUUCUCGUCCUAUAGAGUACGGAGUCAUUCUCACAAUAGGCAAGUGUUGCAUUACGUCUUGUUGCUGAAUUCAAUGGCCAGGCAGACGUGCAAUCCUUCGAUUAACAUCUGGGGGAAAGUUUCCAUUCUUAUAGAAAAGAUAAUGUUAUCUCUGGUUCUAGAAUACCUCCCCUGGUUUAUUGACAUGUGUUAGAUUUAAUAUUAUUUUUUCACGAUACUUAUGGUCACAUGCCCUCUCUCAGGUGACUCUGGUUCCAGUUUGUUUCGAUUUCCUUACAUGCAUAUGAAUUGAUCUAGCAGUUUUAACCGUACAGUCUUAGAAAGUCAAGUUAUUCAGGAAAUAUUAACUGUUUAUUAUUCCCUUCCAGGUCACCACUGUUUCUGUAAUUAUGUUGUCACGACUAUUCCGCAUGCACGGUCAGUUCGUGGCCUCUCAUCCAUGGGAGGUCAUUGUCGGCACAGUGACUGUCACCAUCUGUAUGAUGUCAAUGAACAUGUUUACUGGGAAUGACAAGAUCUGCGGUUGGAACUAUGAGUGCCCCAAGUUUGAAGAGGUAAGUCUGCUUGGAUAAUGCUGCGUCGGGGAAGGAGAGAGCAGUGUUUACCAUGUAAAAUGUAAAACGUGUUUUUCUUGCGUUCAUAGGACGUUCUCAGCAGUGACAUAAUCAUCUUAACCAUCACACGCUGCAUUGCUAUUUUGUACAUCUACUUCCAAUUCCAGAACCUCAGACAGCUUGGAUCAAAGUACAUUUUAGGUAAAGAAUCAUUGUUUUCCUAGGCUUUUAUUAAUAUGUCCAUAAAUGUAUUUUGUCUGUCUAGCUACGCUGUAUGCUUGCAUGUAUGUGGCUGUUUAUACACUGUAUGUGUGUAUUGUUUUGACUUUGGGUCUUGCGUGGUUUCUACUAUUCUUCUCGUGCACUAUAAACCAGUAAUGCAUUAUUAUUAUUAUAAUCUGUCGUUUCUAGGCAUCGCUGGUCUGUUUACCAUAUUCUCCAGCUUUGUAUUCAGCACGGUGGUCAUCCACUUUCUCGAUAAAGAACUGACCGGCUUAAAGUAAGUCUAACAGAUCCGAGCCCUGCGUCUGGCAUUGUCUCUGUAUUACCUUUUUAGCCCGCAUUUUAACUGGCUUCUGUGUUUGGAUUUUUCUUACAGUGAGGCUCUGCCUUUCUUUCUGCUACUGAUUGAUCUUUCCAAGGCCAGUGCCUUAGCCAAAUUCGCUCUUAGUUCCAACUCACAGGUACGUGCGCUUCAUUGAAAUCUGAUAAUCUGCAACCUUUUCAAAAUAUGUUAAAGGGACACUAUAAUCAUCAAAACAACUACAGCUUAAUGUUUUGGUGAGUACAGUCUGUCCCUGCAGGCCUUUUAAUGUAAACACUGCCUUUUUUUUUUUUUUUCUCAGAGAAAAGGCAGUGUUUACAUUGCUCUCUAGUGGCCAUCACUCCAGUCAGUGCUGCAUGUUGUCUACACUCUGCAUGGAGGCGCUGAAUUUCCCCCAUAGAUAUACAUUGAAUCAAUGCAUCUCUAUCAGAAGAUGCUGAUUGGCGCAGAGCGGCAUUUUGCCAUGUGCGAUAACUUUUCAAUGCUUUCCAAUGGGAAAGCAUUGCAUUGGCAAAGAUCAUAAAGUUUGAUCUCCACCAAGGGGGCGGGGUAUGGGAGGGGCUAGCCGUGAUCGGUCCUACUCAGUAUUGGGAAAAAGUGAGUAAAUCUAGGGUUGGUGAGGUGGGCAUGGGGAGACUAAACUGCCAUUUAGACCUAUAGUGUUAGGAAUACACAUUUGUUUUCCUGACACUAGUGUUCCUUUAAGUCCUCACUCUUUAUUUCUAUAUUUCUGAGCUUUAAUUGUGUGCUCAGUAUAACCUGUGCUUAGUUUCCUUUUUAAACAGGAUGCUGCUAACCCUGGGGGUUUGUAACAAAUGCUAGAAUUUUACAAUCCAGUAUCUAUUUUUUUUUAACUAUAUUAUCAUCUCUAAAUCAUACAUUGAAAUGAGGACUCUCUCCCGCCUGGAAUAUUAGUAGAAUUUAAAACCGAUUCCUGCUGGGAGUUCCUGUUAGAUUCUCAGAUGGCGUUCCAGAAUAAAUGUAUUCUAGUGUAGUUACCAGGAUUUCUGAUGACAAAUGAAUUGCUCUAUUAAUCAAUCGUUUUAUUUGACCUUCUUAGGAUGAAGUCCGAGAAAACAUUGCCCGGGGCAUGGCGAUUCUUGGACCUACCUUCACACUUGAUGCGCUUGUUGAGUGCCUUGUGAUUGGCGUGGGUACAAUGUCAGGUCAGUCUAAUGGAUUUCAAUAGAGAAGAGGAUAAGUAAAUAAUCAUAAUGUGAACUAUUUUUAAAUGGCGGGUUUUUUUGCAGGUGUUCGUCAACUGGAAAUCAUGUGCUGCUUCGGUUGUAUGUCCGUUCUAGCAAACUACUUUGCUUUUAUGACCUUCUUCCCAGCUUGUGUUUCCUUGGUAUUAGAGGUAAGAUACUGUAGAGAACCUGCAGCAGGGACUGCAAAUUUUGGCAAUGCAGGCGUUGGUAAAUUGCAUUUCACAUGAUUCAAAGCAAUCUGUUUGCAAACAUGACAAAUGAUCAUAAUCAUUUUAUCCAAUCAUUUGUGCAUUCUGGCUUAUGAUAAUUGAAGUUUGAGACAUAUUAAAAGGCCAUUUCAAGUACCAUGACCAUGGUGCCAGCUUUAGAUAUGUGCUUGUGGCGUGAUCCAUUAAUGUCCAUAUUGCCUGCUAACGCAUGUUAGAACAGAUGUUACUAAUGUAGAAAUAUAGGUUCCUUAUUAACGAUAUUGACAGUGUCUGGGCCACAUGCAUUUGGGACCCUCAGUUUUGUGUCAAAGCCGUUUGGAAAUGGCAGAGGGGGUGACACCAGGAGCAUGUUGGUACUUUCACCACAAGAGUUGACUAUAGUAUUUGUGGUUUUUGGAGUGCCCCUUUAACGCCUUAACGCCGUUACGGCGUUCUAUGCCGUCGCGGUUUUAAAGGGCUUUAAAGCCAUUGCGGCGGCAUAGAACGCCGUAACGGCUUAAGCCCCCAGAGGACCGGCAGUACUCACCUCCGCCGCGAUCCUCUUCUGGAGGGCUGCCUGACCGCCCAGGCAGCCCUCCUCCGGUGAAUGAGGCCCCCAGGCGCCAUGUGAUCGCUCUCAAAGAGCGAUCACAUGGCCCCCUAUAGCUGGCUAUGGAUCUGUCAGGAAAUAUCAGACAGUCCCUCUACUGGUGGGAAACUGUAAAAAAAAUAAAAAAUAAACAUGUUAUAAAAUAAAUUCAAUAAUAUAUGUGUAUAUGUGUAUAUAUCUAUUUUAUAUAUAUAUAUAUAUAUAUAUAUAUAUAUAUAUAUAUAUAUAUAUAUAUAUAUAUAUAUAUAUAUAUAUAUAUAUAUAUAUAUAACCUCAUACGUUGUGUAUUUUAAUACUAAUAUUAGUAUAUAUAUUAGUAUUAAAAUACACUUAGAAUGACGUUACAUGUGAAAAAGCAAAAAAAUAAUAUUUGGCCAGUGUUUGUGACUAAGUGGCUACUAAAAAAGACUAAACAUACCCCACGUUCAAUACCUUGGGUUGUCUACUUUUUCAAAUGGUAUGCCAUUAUGGGGGUAAUUCUCAUUCCUGGGCUACCACACCAUCUCAAAGGUAACAUUACUAAUCUGGCAAAUUUCAAUUUGAAAAUGGAACGUUCUAUAUUUGACCCUGUAACUUUCCAAAACACCAUAAAACCUGUUAAUGGGGGGUACUGUUGUACUCGUGAGACAUCGCUGAUUACAAAUAUGGGCAUUAUUUCGCAGUAAUACCUAACAGUAUUAUGACAUUCACAGCUAAAAUGUCAGACGUAAACACAAAUUUAAAAAAAAAUCUUAUUUUCUCAAUUUUUUUUUAAUUUUAUUCAUAACAAAUUAUGUUCCAUAUAUGAAUAGUUAAUGAUAAAUUAAAGCCCUGUUUCUCCUGAACAAAAUGAUAUAUAAUAAGUAUGGGUGCACUUAAUGUGACAGCAGUGAAUUACGGGUGAACAGACAUACAGCACAAAUUCCAGUUUUUGUUUUCGUUUUGUUUUGAUCAGAACGUGUAUUAUUGACUCCGUCCUGAAGGGGUUAAAUGAACUCUCCAAUGGAUUUUUAUUUUUUAGCAAUUUAGUAAUUAAGUAAAUAUUCCCAUAAUGAAGAAAUGCAGCAAUAAGCAUGCAUGUUUUUUUCAUUUGGGUAUAUCUAAAAACAGCAUGCAAAAGGUGCAUGUCUGCAGCCUUUGCAUGCCCUAUGAUGCAUCUGAUUUUGAGUGCAAGUCUUGAGGGAGCCCAGCCAGGGAGUCUGCAUGGGGCGAAAGUGGGCUACGUGAAGACAGGCAAACUUUUACUUUUAGGAACUUUUUGCUCUCUAAAGUAAUUUAGUUUUUAAAGUUAUUACCCUGGAUAAUAUUUCUUUUGUUUUAGCUUUCCAGGGAGAGCCGAGAGGGCCGUCCCAUUUGGCAGCUCAGCCAGAUUGCUAGUGCUUUAGAAGAGGAGGAGGAUAACAAGCCAAAUCCUGUCACUCAAAGAGUUAAAAUGAUUAUGGUAAGUGUUUCCUAUUUUGCUCUGAACUACCCCGACCCUUCCACAUUAAGUGUGUGUGUGAUUGAUUUGCAACAAAAAGGUAAACUGCGCUUGUCAGUAGAUUUAUGAUAUUGGGAUAAUGUAAAGAUGCACAUUAAAUACACUUUAAAAAAAAAAAAAAAGUAAUGCCGGGAGACUGGCCGCUUCUUCAUUGGAUCUCAUUGUAACAUUGCUGGAUUGUUCUCUCCAGUCUUUAGGUUUGGUUCUUGUUCACGCUCACAGUCGGUGGAUCAGUGAGCCUUCUUCUCAAAACAGCACCUCUAUUGAAGAUCCAAAGGUUUCCAUUGGGUAUGAUGACAGUAUGCCAAAGAGAAUUGAUCCCAGCAUGCCACUCUGGCAGUUCUAUCUCUCAAGGUAAGGGGAAAUGUGGGUUGUCCAUUCCACGACUUACGGAAAAGCUCUCCUUAUUAGUUUUCAAUGUCUCCUUUUGUUGGUUCAGUAUGAAGCUGUCAAAGCUGUCCCUGACCCUGAAUCGCUUAACAAAACAAAAACAAAAAAAUACCUUUAAUCCAGUGUACAUAGACCUAUAGCUCUACUUAGAAAGGCUCUGUAGAAUGUAUAUUUAAUAAACAAAUAAAUUACCCAGAAGGUAAAAAAAAACAAAAAACCACAGGCUAGAAAAUCCAUAUUAAUUGGCUGUAUUUGUCUUUUCCUUCCCGACUGCACAUGCUGUAACAUACUGGGUUUUAAUCCGUAGGAUGCUGACCAUGGACAUCGAGCAGGUUAUUACCCUCAGCCUUGCUCUGCUUCUUGCUGUGAAGUACAUCUUUUUUGAGCAAACUGAGACAGAGUCCACUUUCUCCCUGAAAAACCCCAUUACCUGUCCUGUAACCACGCAGAAGAAGCCAACAGAAAGCUGCUGUGUAAAGGAGUAUGAAAGAAAAGCCCCAGUCACCCCAGUGAACGAGGUCUCCUCAAAGGAAGAAAAAGGUAACUUGAUAGCAACAAAACAUCAGAGAACCAGCACAACGGUUCAAUAAGUAAAGCAAUGUGUCUGAAAGAAAAUAAAAAGCAAUAUAGUGUAGUAUUGUCCAAAUAAAUGUAGAGGAGAUCAGGUACUCACAAACCAAGAGCCAAACAUAUCCAUGUGGCUCUCAUGGGAACAGCACUGGGAACAUUAAUCAGGAUGUCCCUUUCCUUCUUGGGAUCUUCUGGUAGCAGAUAUAAUAAGGAAAAAAAAAUGACUGUAAACACUUACUACUUCAGUAAAGUGUUUAUUAAUCCAACAGGUAAAACAGGAAUGGAGGAAAAAAAGAGUUACUCCAAUAAAAUACAUAAAAACUAGCAAUAUGGUAAAGAGUCCAAUAAGGGAGUCUCUGAAAAUCCGAAACGCGUUUCGCCCCGUACCAGGGGCUUCCUCAGUCGGUAAUACAUGUAUCCUCUUCCUUGGCGUCCUUUUAUAUAUGUGUAGGAUGGCCGGCUUCUAUCUGUGGAACGCAUAUCCUGAAGUGGAACGCACUUCCGGCAUCACUGCGCGUCACUUCUGGGUUGUGACGUCUUUCUGAUGGAGACGCCGGCCUAACUUCCGGCGUAGUGACGGCCGAAUAGUGAUCGUCACGCUAACAUGACGUCGGUCCAGUUGGAACGCACGACACGUGACGUGUGCGUUCCACUUCGGGACCUGUGGAUAAAGGUUUUUAAACAUAUACAAAUCUUAUAAUUAAAGUGCAUUAUAGCCAAAAAUAUACUUGUUAGAAAAAAGUACAUAGAUAACGAUAAUUUGAAAGUGCUUCCGCGUGACUAAUAUUAAUAAAUAAAUGCAAUGUGCUAUUUAAGGUGCUAGUGCUUUCAUAACAUCACAUUUUUUUUAAAGAGAUAGUGUCUCUACAGAAUUCUGUUUUAUUAAAUAUUGACAUAAAUUUAUUUCUAAAAAUCAAAACAAUUUGACUGGUGGAAAAGAGCAAAAAAUUAGCAAUUUAUUCAGUCGGAAUUCUGACUUUGUCAAGGAGUGACUUUGGGAAGUAAAUGCUUUCCUCCAUUGAUUAAUGUUUCCAAAAAUACAUAUCUUUAAAAUCUCAAAUAAAAAAAACUUUUCUUCAAUAAAAUGAGCAGAUCCUAAAAUAAAUGACAUGUUUCAAAGUCAGAAUUCAGAAUGUAUGGAAUAAGUGUAUUAAAAUUAUAAAUAAAUUUCAUCUCUUCCAGCCCUAUUUUUUUUUUUUUUAUAAAAUCUCACCCUCUCCAGUCAUGUUUAACUAUUUUGAGAGGGCAAAAAAACAAAUGGAAGAGAUGAAAUUUAUUUAUAAAUGUUAUGAAAGCACUAGCACCUUAAAUAGCACAUUGCAUUUAUUUAUUAUUAGUCACGCGGAAGCACUUUCAAAUUAUCGUUAUCUAUGUACUUUUUUUACUAACAAGUAUAUUUUUGGCUAUAAUGCACUUUAAUUAUAAGAUUUGUAUAUGUUUAAAAACAUUUUUCCACAGGUCCCGAAGUGGAAUGCACACGUCACGCGUCGUGCGUUCCAACCGGACCGACGUCAUGUUAGCGCGACGUUCACUAUUCGGACGUCACUACGCCGGUGUUUCCAUCAGAAAGACGUCACAACCCGGAAGUGACGCGCAGUGAUGCUGGAAGUGCGUUCCACUUCGGGAUAUGCGUUCCACAGAUAGAAGCCGGCCAUCCUACACAUAUAUAAAAGGACGCCAAGGAAGAGGAUACAUUUAUUACCGACUGAGGAAGCCCCUGGUACGGGGCGAAACGCGUUUCGGAUUUUCAGAGACUCCCUUAUUGGACUCUUUACCAUAUUGCUAGUUUUUUCCUCCAUUCCUGUUUUACCUUUUGUAUUAAUAAACACUUUACUGAAGUAGUAAGUGUUUACAGUCAUUUUUUUCCUCAUUAUAUCUGCUACCAGAAGAUCCCAAGAAGGAAAAGGACAUUCUAAGUAAUGGUCCCAGUGCUGUUCCCAUGAGAGCCACAUGGAUAUGUUUGGCUCUUGGUUCAUUUGCCUACAAUACUACACUAUAUUGCUUUUUAUUUUCUUUUAGAUAUCUCUAGGAGUGUGAUCCACCAUCUGUAUGUAUUGCUUUUGUGUUUAUAUUUGAGUGGUAUAAGGGGUUUCCCACUCAGGUGACAUAUCACACUCAUAUUGUCUUCACUGUAUAUAUUGCACUUUCUUUAUUAAAGCAAUAUGUCUGCCUGAAGCCAUUCACUGUAAAUAUUCUCCUUCCAGAGGCCGUAAUCAAGCCCCUACCACUGGAGCAAUCUCCCAUGACUAGCUUUGUGGUUGGAGAUUCCUCGUCGUUGGAGUCGUCCUCUGAUGAAGAUGGAGAGAAAAUAGAGUUACCAGAGCAACCUCGUCCAGUUGAUGAAUGUGUUUGCAUACUUAAGAAUCCAGAUGUAAGAGAAAAGGCUUUCAUAUAUACAUAGAUUAGAGGGUUGUGUAUAAGAACAGAUGGACUAUCUAUGUUGGUGAAAGUCCAAACACAAUGUAAAACAGACAUGGGCCAUCUGUACUGUAGGCAUGCAUUAUUUUGUAAAAUAAAUACAAUACUAAUGUUUUACUACAGUGAUAAUUCAAUGUGAAUUUCAAAUACUAGGCCAAAGUAGCCAUAGCCAAACUAGAAGGAUAGCUGACUUUGAUAUUUUUUUUUUUUUUUUAGUUAAGCUAUUUUGCCCUUAAAUUUGAAAUUCACUUGAGUGAAUAACCCUGUACAUUUCAGCGGGGUGAGUGAGUUAAGUUCAUAGUAGCGUUUGCAGUAAUGAAGCAUCCCGCCUGUUGCAGAUUUUACUGUUGAUUAAAGGUUCAGUGAUGACUUACAGGGCAAACUUUAUCUCAAAGUAAUUAUAUCCAGGCUUCAGUUCCUCAGAGCCCUCUCAUCCACCCUUCCUCUCAGCCACUGCAGUGAUGAACAAGGUUUGCCUUGGGUGCUACUGAGCCAAAGAUUAAUCUUGCACUGGAGAUAACGUUUGCAUGCUUGAGUACCCCCCGGAGUGUUCCAUUUAAUUUAAAUGUGUUUGAUGUAAUGUCACCUAUGGGGACAUAUUAUGGCACUGGCCUGGUCUGCAUCUCACUGCUGUCAGAUUCCUGCAUUAAGAGAAUGUAAAAAACUUUUUAUUGAGAUCUUUGUAUUUUAGCAAAUCUAAAUACAGUUAGAACUCAGGAUCUGAUUAGUGGCCAUGAUAGAACAUAAAUUAAUGAUGAGCAUCCUUCUUUUAUGGAGGGCCUAUACCCUGGAGCAAUAAAUAAAAAAAAUCUCCAAUAACCAUUGCGUAUGGAGUACAUUGGUAUUACUGUUCUCAUUGUGACAUUAUGAGAUAAUCAGAGCGUUAAAUUAAGCAUUACUCUCUCUGAACUGCAGUUUAACCCUAGCUUUAUAAUUGCCAAAUGGCUCACAAGCUGUCUGGGAACUGGGUGUAGGAGAGCAUUUCUACCUCUGUACCCCAUUCCACCUGGAUUUGUCUUUGGUCUUUCUACGUAGCAAUGGAUUGCUGAUACGCUCCCAGAACAUUUUACUAGUUUUACAGAGCCUUUUAUUGCAGGGCUAUUCAGUAUUUCCAGUCUUUCACUUUGUACAAUUCACUAAAAGCUUGCGGUAUUUAUAUAUUUUUACCAGUGUUUGUCAAAUAUUUGGUUUGUUUGCUUUGCUGUUACUUCACAAUAUUAUUAUUUCCUCUAAUAUUUACUUAGUUGCCAUAACCUGUGAAAGUAAGGGGCUUAAUGACACUUUCCCCCUCUUUACUUUAUAGCAAGGAGCUCGAUUCCUAAGUGAUGCUGAAGUGAUCAGACUUGUAAAUGCAAAACACAUCCCUUCCUACAAACUGGAAACCAUGAUGGAGAGCCCUGAGCGGGGAGUGGCCAUUCGCAGAAAAAUGCUCUCAGGCAAACUGCCCCAGUCAUCAGCCAUCCAAAACCUUCCUUACAAGAACUACAACUAUUCUUUAGUGAGUUAGUGUGGGGUAUGAGAGAGGCAAUGUGGUGUAUGCAGGGGACUUUAAUCAAAUGGCAUUUACACAGUACCAGAAAAGGACAUGUCUCACGUUACUUACACACAAAAUGGUAGCCAGCGCUAGAAAAAUUAUCUAUUUGGUCACUUAGAAUGAAUAUAUAUGUUAUUUUUUAUUUUAUUUUCAAGCAACAUAUAUUUUUUCAAUAACACGUUUUAGGGGGUAGGGCGGAUUGAGACAUGUUUGAAUUUACUUCUUUUCGAUGCCUAAACUCUGUCAUCACUCUCUCUAGGUCAUGGGCGCUUGUUGCGAGAAUGUCAUUGGGUACAUGCCCAUCCCUGUAGGUGUAGCUGGUCCUCUUCUUCUAAACAAUAAGGAGUUCCAGGUACCCAUGGCAACAACAGAAGGAUGUCUUGUGGCCAGCACCAACCGGGGCUGCAGAGCCAUAAUGGUGAGAUUAAUUCUAAUUUAUAGAUUCAUUGGUGUAGUGGCAACUUCCUGUAUUUCGAAAAACCUGCCUUCCACAACAGACUGCAGAUUGAAACUGCCAAUAAUAGUAGCUUCCCUUACUGAUCCUGUAAUGCACGUUGGCCAGAGACAUUUUCAAGUUGAUUUUUGUAAACUGUUCACUGAGCUUAAUUAUCUUAAUUUGCCAUUUCAGCUGGGAGGUGGUGCACACAGCCGAGUGCUGGCUGAUGGGAUGACACGUGGGCCAGUGGUCAGGUUGCCAAGUGCUUGCGAUGCUGCUGAAGUGAAGACCUGGUUAGACAGCGCAGAAGGAUUUAAAGUUAUGAAAGACGCCUUUGACAGUACCAGCCGGUAAACAUUACUUGCCUGUUAUUGGCUCAUUUUGUAGAUUGGGAGAUCCAAAGGCUGAUGUGUAAAGUGGCGAGCACUAAAUAGAUCUGAUUUUUGUUAGGUUUGCUCGGCUUGGAAGACUUCAGACCAGUGUUGCUGGAAAAAAUCUGUACAUCAGGUUUCAGUCAAAAACUGGAGACGCCAUGGGAAUGAACAUGAUCUCUAAGGUAAGUGGAGAUCUCCUUCCAAAAUGUUACAUUUAAAAUCUUCUAUUGGCUCACUAACCUCUCUCGUUGUAUUAGCCAACGGCACAAUCCAUACAAUAAACUGCAACUACCAGCACUGUAACACUUGUUGUAAUCUGCUUUCCAUGUGAAAUUGUCAUAGUUGCAUGUCCUGUAUUAAUGGCUGUGAUGUUACAGGGCACCGAGAAGGCACUUUCCAGGCUGCAAGAAGAGUUUCCUGAGCUACACGUGUUAGCUGUGAGUGGAAACUAUUGUACAGACAAGAAGCCAGCUGCUAUCAACUGGAUCGAAGGGAGAGGAAAGUCAGUGGUGUGUGAAGCAAUCAUUCCAGCCAAAGUAGUGCGUGAGGUAAAUAAAGGUUGAAAGUUCUGCUUUCCCAACCCUCAUUUAUAAAAUCAGCCUCUGUUAUAAACCCAUAAAGGCUCUCUGGGUAAGUCAUUUAUGUGAUAAUUGUCAGGCAUUCAAAGUAAAUUUCAGCUUUGGAAACCACUGUAAUACAAAACAGGAGGUUGGGAGCUUGUUCUAGCUGCUGCCCUAACGGCUAAUAUUUGGCACUUUAGAAAGCUAUGCCGUUGCCUGUUAUUCUCAGCUUCUUGACACGUUUUUAGACAUGUGUUUUAAGCCUGUUUGAGAAAGGUGUUUGCAUGUGCCUGCAGUGUUUGCGGUUUUUGUCUGUUAAUGAAACGUGAUCUGAAUUUCUCCAGGUGCUGAAAACCUCCACAGAAGCUCUGGUGGAAGUGAAUAUAAAUAAGAAUCUGGUGGGCUCUGCCAUGGCCGGCAGCAUCGGAGGUUUUAACGCACAUGCAGCUAACAUAGUGACUGCUAUUUAUAUUGCCUGCGGACAGGUCAGUAGACAUAAUGCAUGGACUAUAUUUUGUGUACAUGCCUGAUGUAUUCCAUUACGAUACUUCGACAUUAUGUAAAAUUCUCUGCAUUUGGUUUUAUGGCAUGUGUUCGUCUAUAAAUAUCAUAGUUUCAGAAUUCAUGUUAUCAGAUGGUUACAAACGCUGCAUAGCGUAGUUUUGUGCCGUAACUUGGUGUUUGAUUCCUCAGGACGCUGCACAGAACGUGGGAAGCUCCAGCUGCAUCACACUGAUGGAACACACGGGUCCGAUGCAUGACGAUCUGUACAUCAGCUGCACAAUGCCGUCCAUUGAAAUCGGCACUGUAGGAGGCGGGACCACCCUGGCCCCACAGCAAGCAUGCUUAAAGGUAUUCUACAUCCACUAAUAAUCCAAGCACCGUGGGUAUGGUUAUAGAGGAGUGCAAUUUGUCCACACAAGCACGGGAUGAUCAGAGACACAUUUCUGAUGUAAUACAAGCCUAGUAACGCCCUAAUUAGAUCUUUUGAUUGUUCAUAUUCUGAUAUGGUCAAAUCAAGGUUUUGCAUAUUUGAUCACAUUGGCUCCAUUUCAAAAUAACUGCAUAGGAUCAAUUAAUGCCACUGGCAAGCACUGAUUGAAAACAAAUUUGAGCAUUAGAUGUAUUUGAAGCAAGGAAUGCAUAGCUCGUACAUCAACAUAUAACAAAACAACCACUUUGAGUGUAGAUAAUUAAUAGACAAACUAAAAUAUAUAAAAAUACGUAAAUUUACAAAAAAAUUUUUUUUUUUUAAAUCUUCCAGUAUUUCCUGGGCAGCAUGUACAAACAGAUACACACUUUAAAAAGGGACAUUACAUAUUUUAAAUCUUAAUCACUGGGGCUGAAGUUUGAUUUAAAGGGAAUAGGUUUUUAGGGAUUUUAGAGUAGUGACAGAUUUAAUAUUUACUGGGAACUUAUUCCAUUCUUGUGAUACUCUCUGUGCGGAGGUGUUAGACCUUCUCUCCUAUGAAAUGUAAAAUGCUGACAGUUUGUUUUUUAAUGUUUCAUCAAGAUGGUUUCUGCUGUUAGGGAGAAUUAUGCAACAUAAUGUGGAGAACAAUGGAACAUUAUUGAUAUUUUACAUGUUUGCUUUGUACACAGAUGUUGGGUGUCCAAGGUGCAAGUAUAGAACGACCAGGCGAGAACGCGUGUCAGCUUGCGCAGAUUGUCUGUGCGACCGUAAUGGCGGGAGAACUAUCUCUAAUGUCUGCCCUGGCAGCUGGACAUCUAGUAAAGAGCCACAUGGUGCACAACAGGUGAGACACCCAUCCAUGGGUUUAUAAAGCAUUUACUUUAUUACUGUUAAAGUGUGAAUUAUCAGUAGACCAAAGAGAAUUUCACAUUUUAGACCAGAUCUGCUCAAUUGGGGGAGAACAGAAAUCUCCAAAUCAACUUUAUUUUCUGUUACGUUCGUUUGGCCUAAAACGUGUAGUUCCCUUUAACUCCCUGACAACGCACAGUGCAGUGAAUAACUCUGGAAGCAUUUACAUGUCUUCGAGUUAAUAUUCCUAAAAUUGCCGUACUAUACAACCGAAUACAGUGUCUGUAAAACACCAACACUCCCUCGCUCCCCCAAAUAAUCGUAUUCUUUAAUUUCUCACUUUUUAAAGUGCACCUUCAGUACUUUAAUAUAAUUCCAUGUACAGUCGGUACUCUCAUAGGUUUCCAUAUACAAUCGAUACUCUCGUAGAUUUCCACUUACUAUCGGUAUUCUCAUACAAUUCCACUUACUAUUGGUACUCUCGUAGAUUUCCACUCACAAUUGAUACUUUCAUAUAUUUCAGGUCGAAAAUAAACCUCCAGGACCUCCGAGGAACUUGCACAAAGAAAGCAGCCUGAUUUUUAUUUCAUUUUGUUGGAUGGGUUUUUAUUGAAAAAUCCUUGAAGGACAAUCCUGUCCUAAAGAAAAAGAUGAAUAACGGAAAUGGUUAACUAGAAUAAAGGUGCUUUUACUACAAAUAUAAUGGAUGGGGAUACGGGCUGCUGACUCAGCACAACCUGAACCCAGUGGGAACUUGCCAGCAAAGAGGCCUCCCAUGUGUGUCCACUUGUUCGUUUUUCUUUCUUACAAGGGUCCAUUAAAUUUUUGUUGGCAAACCAAUGUUUUGCUGGCAGUAUAAAUAUUGUCCUUUAAAAUUGCACAUCUGUAUAUUUAUGCUAUUUAUGUAAGUCUUGUAAUGGGCUGCAGUCCCGUCACGGUUGUUAAGCUACUCUGGAGAUUACUUUAUUUAAAAAAAAAAAAAAAAGUUUUAUUUUGUUAAGAAUUGUUAUAUACCUCAAAUUUUAGGGACAUUUUAAUGUAUUUCUUAUUGUUGGCUUUUAAAAGAAAUGCUUAAGGUGCCAAACGGUGCCCCCCCUGAUGAUUAUGGACUAAAAGUCCCAUAAUUGAUGAAAUGCAGUUGUCGUCCAUAGGACAUCUGUUGGCCAGUUUGACAGCCCUGAAUUAAAAGUAUAGUUUGAUUUAAUUGCAAGAUUAAGUAUCUCGAAUCUAUCCAAUCUAUAUACGGUGCAUUGUGGUUAAAUGUGUGUCUUACUGGGGAGUUAAGUUCAGUACAUUUCCUAAAUAUUUAAAGGCCAGAUAUCUUGAUGUGCUAUGGUUUUUUUUUUUUUUUUGUUACGUAUUUCUCCCCAAAUAAUCCCAGUUCUUUUAUUCAUUUCAACAUCUGCCACACAGGCUGUCCAUAAUUAAAAUACCAAAACUGACAGCCAAGGUAUUUCUUUACACAAUGUUUAAAUACAAAACACCAGGCCUGGAUCACUUUUUGUGCAUUUGGUAAGACUUGACGUCGUCAUAAAUAAAGCAUCUAUUUCCGUUUUAUUUAUCCGUUGGUCUUUAUUGGGGGGAAGAAGAGAUUCCAUUCUUGUAAUAUAUUGCUACCUAUACUAUAGUAUGUUAUGAUAAAACAUUUUGAAGGACAAGGGAAUGUUCUUAAAAGGAUUUAAAUAAAUGUACUUAUUUUUCUAAGAUUGCAGUUUCUUUUUGCUGCCUGUUAUUGUUUUGUGAAAUUAUUUUUUUUUUUUUGUGAUAUGUAUUUUUUUUAUAGUUAAAGUAUGUGUACAAAUACACUAGGAUUGUACCUGUAAAAU